AUGCCUGCUGUCAACACAAUGGCCAUUCGUCAAGUCAUAUUUCUAUUUCUCGGAUUAAUUUGUGGUUUCCAUGUUACGCUGUUUGUUCGCCAGAAUCAAUGCCAUUUAACUUACAAACGGAACUCGCGACCAAGGACUCAAGGACAAGAACUUGGCAACCGCAAUUUCUUAUUCGUUGGUGUCAUAACAGCAGAGCAGUUAGUAAAAACUCGAGCAAAGGCUGUGUAUGAUACUUGGGGCAAACAUAUUCCUGGUAAAUUGACCUUUUUUUCUAGCGGUGACGCAGGAAAAGAGAUCGGACUGCCAGUCGUGAGAUUACCGGGCGUCGAUGAUACAUAUCCUCCGCUGAAAAAAUCCUUGAUGAUGAUUAAAUACAUGCACGAUUUCCAUGUGGAUGACUAUGAGUGGUUCAUGCGAGCGGAUGAUGAUGUUUAUGUUCGAAACGAUAAGUUAAUUCGCUUCUUACAGUCAUUAAACAGUUCGGAUGAUAUUCACCUAGGGCACGCUGGCACAGGUGCGAAGGAAGAAAUGGGAAUGUUGAGUAUGGAACCAGGUGAUAACUACUGUAUUGGUGGACCUGGAGUUAUAUUGAGUAGAAGCGUUUUGAAAAAGGUGGCACCACAUUUGGAGUACUGUCUAGAAACAGCACCAACAUCACAUGAGGACAUUGAGGUUGGACGCUGCAUACAGCGUUACACAGGAAUUCCUUGCACUUGGGCCCUCGAGGUAAGUUCAAUGAUCCGGCGACUCUAACAAACUUAAUAAGUUUCGCCAAUGCUUACAUUCAGUUGUAGCUUACAUAACGUUGUAUCAUUGCAUAGGAACUUUGCAAAAACAAUUAACGAGAAAUUGUUAUUCAGAAUAGUCAGAAUAGACUUAUACAAAUUGCCAAAUUCAUGCUAAGCUGAGGCUGGUCUUCAAUCAGAAAUCAUAGUCAUACUUCAUACAUUUUAUAACUAGUGAAGUAGCCUAGCAACAAAAAGAGGACAACUGAAUUCUUGUAACUUCUUAUUUAUCGCAAUCUGAUUGGCUUGAUUUCAUAUAGCGUUUACUACUUACUUCCCAGCAGUAUUUCGAGCGCGCGAAGAAGUGUUGCGCGCCGACCUGUCUCUCGUAGACGAUAUUGUUAACCCAAGUCUUAGACGCAUACAGUUUCAAAUAUUCGCUCCUACUUCGUUGAAUAAUUGUUUAAUUAUACACUAAGCAUCUCUAAGUCUGUAUCUUUUGAUAUGAAUGCCUCAUAGUUGAUUAGUUAGACCCGCAUCAGGUUUGAUUUGUCAUAAUAUUUUUCAAACUCUUUUUCAGAUGCGCAAUCUUUUCUUUCACCACUACACAGAGAAAGGGAAGGUUUUCCAUGGUAAAUUGGACACGAGGAGUAUUAAGGAGGCCAUCACCCUUCACCCUAUCAAACAACCGGAAUAUAUGCACCGCUUACAUGUACACUUUAUGAACUCAAAAAUUGAACAUCUCCAACAUAAAGCCGUUGAACUUCAGAGGAUUUUAAGGAAUAUGGAUCGACUGAUACAGGCAGACGGAAAAAGGUUCGUUCCUCAGGAAAAAAACAGUCUUCAGAACAUUAAAGAUUUUCAUCAUCAACUGGCCAAAAACUACUCUGAACAAUGGGACAUGUUUACUGCUAACUCGUACUACUUUGAUGUUAAGUUACGAUCCCCUGGGACUGGCAUUCGUGGAGCAUUAAAAAUCGAAUUAACGCAUUUACUGGAAAGCACAACUGACCAGUUAAAAGAAGAGUCCCGAAGGACUUCCCACGCUGGAAAUAAAAAUGUUCAUAAAAUAAAAUAUGGUUACCGACGUGUCCACCCCAUCUACGGCGUUCAGUAUGUCUUGCAACUUACAGUUAAAACGCAGAGAAAAAUCCGUGAUGAUAAACUUAAAAAAACUAGGACAAUUUCUACUCUCAAUGACAGAGUGUUUCACAGCCAACGGCCAUUGGGUAACGUGCUGUAUAGAGCUGAACCCGGUUACGACAUGACUCCUUAUGUACACUUCCUUGUUCCUUUGGAAGGACGCUUAGAAACGUUUCGUCGCUUCAUGAAUAACUUUGAGCAGGUCUGUCUCAAACCGUUACUAAGAGUAAAGCUUUUAGUGGCAUAUUCGUCGUCCGUUUCUUCCCCAGACGAACACAAGGCCGUAUUAAAGGAAUAUCAAGAUAAAUAUCCCUUGGCGGGACUUACUUGGCUCGAUGUCCCGGGUAACUUUUCCCGCGGGAUAGCAAUGACGCUCGCAGCAGAUCAAUAUGAAAAAACAGCUUUGUUGUUCUUAUGUGACGUUGAUUUGAUAUUCAGCAAAGAGUUUAUUGACCGGUGCCGAAUGAACACAGCUCUUGGAAAACAAGUUUUUUACCCAAUAAUGUACAGCCAGUUUGAUCCCAAGUUAUCGCACACUCGUAACAACAAACCUGACAAGUAUUACAACAUAAAUGAAGGUGGAGGAAUUUGGAGGACAUACUCGUACGGACCUGCUUGUAUGUAUGGUCAAGAUUUGCACGCUGUUGGAGGUUUCGAUACCAGCAUCAAAGGCUGGGGAUGGGAAGAUGUUGAUUUAUAUCAAAAAUUUAUCAAUCAUACAGAGUAUGAGGUGUUAAGAGCAGCCGAUCCCGGACUUAUUCAUGUUUAUCAUCCGGUAAACUGUGAUCCAAAUCUACCGGAUCGUCAAAUGACUCUGUGUCAAGGAUCAAAAGCAUCUGGAAUAGCCAAUCAAAAGGAAUUAUUAGAGGCUAUGCUUUCAGUAUCUACACAAAAACACAACGGUAACAAUAGCUAA